UUGUCAGCGGUGGACAUACAAGAGUGCUGUGCUGUGCUUCUCGAUAAGAAGAGAAAUAUUACCGAGAGCAGUUCCAUUUGGCCAGGAACAUCAUGCAGUAGUAGCAGCUCUUCAGCCGUGAAAGUCGACGAGUUCUCGCUGCAACAAGUGCCAUGCCCUUUGUCUUGGUGUUCAGACCUCGCAUCCGAAGGGUCUUCUAAGUCCAAAAUGUUGUGCCAUUUCAUCAACAAGAUUCUUGCGCGCGAGGACGUUUCCCUCUAUGCCAAAUCAGCAUUUGCGUUUGCUACAACAGUCAAGCUAUUUGGAUUAGAUCACGCGCACAUGGAGCAGCAGGGACAACUUUCAUCGUUCUCUAUUAGUACUAAAAAUGAUUGCACAGUAACGAGACCGACAGCAAUCGCUUCAUCUACCUCAUCUUCUAGUAGCUGUAAUGCUGGACGAUCACACUUUAUGUUUAUGGAUACGUCCGAGAAAACAUCUGCAGGUACCCGGACAAGAACUAGAAGCCCCAGAAGAACAAAUCAAGAAAGUUUUGCUUCAAGUUUAGGACCUCUGCUUUCACCAGGAAGAGAAGCAACAGAGUGUCCACCUCUUGAGGGUCCGAGGAUGUUUGUCGAUGAAAGACCACGACGAGGACGAGCCAGUAAGAAGAGCAAGGAGAGCCACACGCAUCAUAUUCAACAGGACACAUUUGCAUCUGCACAACAUCCGCAAGAUCAAAAGAAGGAUUCCUUUGGUAUGAUACUUGGUCGUGUUGUAGCGUCCUGGAUUUUGCGUAGUUCCGGACCGUUACCUUUUCCAGUGCAUCGGAUUCUCGCUUCCGAACCAGGAGUCGAGGACGUGAUGGAUCUGCUCGUAUCCUCACAUACAGGUACAGAGGCUCGACCCGAUGAUCAAACGAAAAAGAGGGAAGAAGGGGGUGAUGGCGAUUCCUGUUCGAAUGAUAAAGCACUACUAGCAAUUAACGGUGGUCCAGGUCGUGGAGGGCAUUCUGGUUGCGAAGGCCAACGCGAAAAGAUUUUGUCAUCUCUACACGAGAGAUGUCCUCCACCUAGUACAGGUACAGCCAUUGUCCUAGCAGAGGGGAGCGACAUCAGAAUCAGUACUGAUGUCGUGACGACCGCCUUGCUUCAGGAGGUAGGGCAAGAACUACCAGAAUCGCAACCACGACAUGGUGAAACUAGAAUUGUAGAACAGUCACUAGGAGAUUGGGAAUUGCUCGCAGCCGGAGAACCGCCAGCAAAAAGAGCAAAGACAGAUAGGCGACCAGGAGCUGCGUCAUCGAGUAGUAGCGCGAGCGCACCAACGAGUGUGUCGACCGUUCGACGUCGAUAUUACAAUCCACAGGUGGUGCAACAAGGCACAGGCAGUAUCGUUCUGACGACAGGACCCACUCCGGCUUUGGUGCCAUUUGUUCCACAGCAAUUUCUCGUCCGAGCAAAUACUAGUACUAGCACGACAUCUUCAGCCUCAGAGCCACAGUUGGAAGGAAAUCAACGUAAUACUAGAACACUUGCUUCUGUAGACGAUGAUGCGCAUCUAGGGCAGGAGCUAGAAGGGCAUAAUCGUGCAGCUUCCGUGCCUGCUUUGGGGCAAGUGAUUGCGUCCUCUUCAUCUACCACAACGCCAGAUAAAGCGGAGCGCACAGCCACGAGUCCAGAGACUACAGCAGCGCCAUCUUCUGGGUCCAGCACCCCAUCUGAGAAUCAACAACCUUCAAGUUCAAGUAGUUCGACAAUGAAGAUGGAAGGCGAGGAAGACCAGGGUGUGUUGAUGACAUGCAUGGAGGACGGGGCUGAAGCUGCCCGAUCAAUUCCACCUGCACCUAUACAAGAAGUCUCCAGACCUACUGCCGAGACUACAAUAACAACAUCAAAGCAGAACUUCAGCACUUCUUCUACUUCUGCCUUUACAGGAGCACCCCAGGAGCGCAUCGAAAGCCCACCGUGUGAAAAUACUCCGACGUCGUCAAACCUAGUAGAUGAAAAAGGGCUCAAAGAACAUCAACGUCCUGACGGGAACGGCGGAGGUAAAAGCAUCUCACCACCAUCGCCUUCCCGACCCUAUGGAACUACCGAUGAAAGUGCCGGCGCUCUUGUUAGUACGACUGACUCUUCUUUUGGUACUGACUUUGUGAACAGAAUGCCUGCGACAGAGUUGGCCCUUGUUGUUGAUGAAGAUGUCCAUAUGCAAUGUUCCUGUUCGAGCCCAAAAAAACAGCCGCACAAGAAGAAGAUGAACGCGCCUCAGGCUCCUGCUCAGGGGUUUUCUGGUCAAGAAAUGGAAGAUAAUGCAGACUUGUCUGCUCCGGAAAUAGGUCUUCUGGCGGCCUAUAUUCUAGCUGCGGUGAAUCGUGGCUGGGAGACAUUCGAAACGCUGUUGGAGGAACGCGUUUUGACGAGAGAGAGGCAAGAACGCGACAAGAGACGUGACGCAGCUCGUCGGGAGUUUCUACACCGCGCGCGGACGGAGGAAACCUGUGCAAUCUGUUUUGAGCCACAUCCCAACGUUA